GGGUGUGUCUGUGGCGUCUCAUGGCAGGAGGCUCAGGCACAACCUGGGGUUACCGUGUGGCCCUGCUACUGCUGGUCGCCACCCUGGGGCUGGGUAGGCGGCUCCAGACCGACCCUGGCCUCCCAGGCCUCCAGCACAGCUAUGACUGUGGGAUCAAGGGAAUGCAGCUGCUGGUGUUCCCCAGGCCAGGCCAGACUCUCCGCUUCAAGGUGGUGGAUGAAUUUGGGAACCGAUUUGAUGUCAACAACUGCUCCAUCUGCUACCACUGGGUCACCUCCAGGCCGCAGGAGCCUGCAGUCUUCUCGGCUGAUUACAGAGGCUGCCACGUGCUGGAGAAGGAUGGGCGUUUCCACCUGAGGGUGUUCAUGGAGGCUGUGCUGCCCAAUGGUCGUGUGGAUGUGGCACAAGACACUACUCUGAUCUGUCCCAAACCUGACCACUCCUGGACUCUGGACUCCCAGCUGGCACCACCCGCCAUGUUCUCUGUCUCGACCCCACAAACCUUUUCCUUCCUCCCCACCUCUGGCCAUACCUCCCCAGGCUCUGGCCAUGCCUUUCCCAGCCCACUGGACCCAGGGCACAGCUCUGUCCGCCCAACCCCUGCUUUACCAUCCCCUGGACCUGGACCUGCCCUCGCCACCCUGGCUCAAGCCCACUGGGGCACCUUGGAACACUGGGAUGUGAACAAACCAGAUUACAUAGGUACCCACCUGAGCCAGGAGCAGUGCCAGGUGGCCUCAGGGCACCUCCCCUGCAUCGUGAGAAGAACUUCAAAGGAAGCCUGUCAGCAGGCUGGCUGCUGCUAUGACAACACCAGAGAGGUUCCCUGUUACUAUGGCAACACAGCUACUGUCCAGUGCUUCAGAGAUGGCUACUUUGUCCUUGUGGUGUCCCAAGAAAUGGCCUUGACACACAGGAUCACACUGGCCAACAUCCACCUGGCCUAUGCCCCCACCAGCUGCUCCCCAGCACAGCACACGGAAGCUUUCGUGGUCUUCUACUUCCCUCUCACCCACUGUGGAACCACAAUGCAGGUGGCUGGCGACCAGCUCAUCUAUGAGAACUGGCUGGUGUCUGGCAUCCACAUCCGAAAGGGGCCACAGGGUUCUAUCACGCGGGACAGCACCUUCCAGCUUCAUGUGCGCUGUGUCUUCAACGCCAGUGACUUCCUGCCCAUUCAGGCGUCCAUUUUCCCACCCCCAUCGUCUGCCCCUGUGACCCAGCCCGGCCCCCUGCGGCUUGAGCUGCGGAUUGCCAAGGACGAGACCUUCAGCUCCUACUAUGGGGAGGAUGACUAUCCCAUCGUGAGGCUGCUCCGAGAACCAGUCCAUGUGGAGGUCCGGCUUCUGCAGAGGACAGACCCCAACCUGGUCCUGCUGCUGCACCAGUGCUGGGGCGCUCCCAGUGCCAACCCCUUCCAGCAGCCCCAGUGGCCCAUCCUGUCAGACGGAUGCCCUUUCGAGGGCGACAGCUACAGAACCCAAAUGGUAGCCUUGGACGGGGCCACACCUUUCCAGUCUCACUACCAGCGAUUCACUGUUGCCACCUUCGCCCUCCUGGACUCUGGCUCCCAGAGAGCCCUCAGAGGACCGGUUUACUUGUUCUGCAGCACCUCUGCCUGCCACACCUUAGGGCUGGAGACUUGCUCCACUGCAUGCAGCACUGGCACUACAAGACAGCGACGAUCCUCAGGUCACGGUAAUGACACUGCCAGGCCCCAGGACAUCGUGAGCUCUCCGGGGCCAGUGGGCUUUGAGGAUUCUUAUGGGCAGGAGCCCACACUUGGGCCCACAGACUCCAAUGGGAACUCCAGCCUGAGGCCUCUCCUUUGGGUGGUCCUUUCGCUGCCAGCUGUUGCCCUGGUCCUUGGGUUUGGUGUCUUUGUGGGCCUGAGCCAGACCUGGGCCCAGAAGCUUUGGGAAAGCAACAGACAGUGAAUGGGCUCAAUAAACAAUCAUUUCAAACCUACUGAAACCAGGUGUGGAGAAGUUAUUUGUGACCACUAGAACAGAACUAUUUCUUAUGUGAGAAACUUCCUCCAAGUCAGCUCUGUCCUUCCAGAACUGUGAUGUCGAUUACAAAUACUUCAUAUAUGCCACACCUUGCACAGAGGCCAAUGUCCCCCAAGGCUCAACUUGGG